CAUAUUUUCUAAGAAGAAUCCAUUUAGAGAUCAAAAUGGGACAGUGUGAAUAAUAUAUAGACAUAAAAUUCACAAGUAUAUUGAAUUAUUAACAUAAAAAAUAAAUGAAUUGAAAUUGGAAACACGUGUGCACACUUAAUAUAGUAUAUAUGAAAUUAAAAAAUUUUUUUUAUCGAUAUAAAAAAAAAAAAGAAAGUUGAUAUUUUUACUAUCUCUGUUUCAAUAACCCGAUUGCAAUCUCCUAUCAUCCCUGAUCUACCCUUCCCCUGACCGAAUGCAGAUCUCAAACUAUACUUCUAGCAAUACUUUUUCCCAAUUAACCGGACUUGAGCCAUGAACUUGGGUUGGAAACUUGCUAUGCGAACCACCCGUGAGACAAAAUUGUGGGAUCAUCUAUGCUGUCAAUCAUGGCUGAGUAUAGACAAUUGCCAAAUGGAAGAAUAUUGAAAUUGUAAAAAAAUUCUGCUUGUUAUAUGAUUCUAAGAGUAGACUUUGAAUAGAAAGAGAUACAUUGAUAGAAAUUUUUUGGUUUUCGGAAAGUCGAUCAAAACUGCAUAGCAAUUAUAUCUUGAUUUAACUUACAAACUCCUUACUUAUUAAUUUAAUUCCAAUUGAAUCCGACUAACUGAGUAUAGUUAUUGAUUAUUAAAUGCGUACUAAUGAAAAAGUCACUUAACUACAGCAAUACCAAUGAAUUUAGAUAGAUAAGUUAAAAUGAGUUGAAAAUUUUGUCGUCAAAAUUAGAAAAUCAAACAAAAAAAAAGUUGUUUCACUAUUCUAAUUAACCAUGAGUUUCAAUUUUUUUUGUUACUAAGCAACUAAGUUGUUUACAGUCAUAACAAAAAAACUUAUUUCUAUAUUUAUAAUCGUCUAAAUUUCAAGUACCUUCUAUCAGAAUAAUCAAUACAUUUUUUUCUUCUAAAUUUUUACAAUGAUUUUACAAAUAGGAAAAAUUUUGGGACCGAUUGUUAGUAAAUUUAUUAAUCAUAGUACGGAUUUGAAGUGCUUUCAGAUAAUGAAGAUGAUAGUGUUGACACGAAAUCUUAAAUGUGAAAGGACACCUCUAUUUACUAAUCUUGAUUUCUACAUAAACAAAAUUGAGAAAGUCUACUUUCGCAGUUCUGAUUGUAGUGAAGGUGAUCCAAGAUCGACUGAAAGAGAACCUUGUGAGACUCCCAAAGGACCUUGUGUGCCUUUAAAAAAGCCUGGUUAUCCAACUAAGCCUGAAGUACCUCAAGAACCUUUUUGCGUUGAGUGUCCACCAAAGAAACCUUGCAGUUUAAAUCAAUGCCCCACUUUAGAGGGUACGUCAAAACCAGCAUUUCGAAAAAUUUUAUCUUUACUUUAUUUUCAAUCACAGAGAAACGAUAGACUUGAAGAGACUGACAUUAGAGAUAACGAGAUUUCAACGUGCCAAAAUGUGGUGCAAAGAUUCAAAGCUCAUAAAGAAUCUAGAAAAUUGUGCUUUUUAUUAAAGAAACCUCAUAAGAAAACAGACGGAAAAACAAAAAUCUCACAGGAUGAAAACAAGAAUACUUCCCAAGUGCAGGGGGAAGUGGAGUCUGCUAUCAUGAAGAUGGUAUGCCAACAGUUUCUGUUGAUUCCAGAGCCUGAAAAAAUGUCAGAAAGUCUUACUCCACCAAAGCUAAAAUCUUCAAAAAAUAACAAUCUACGUAGCGCUCCAGCAUUAAAGUGUUCAGGAAGGACUGAAGAUCUUUUGAAAAGUUUUGCAGAGUUUUUUCAGAAACGGAACAUGUCUAGUGAUGCCAGAAGCUUUUCGAAUGACUUCGAUUCUUUUAAAGGAACAAAGUGCAAAACGGUUAUAGAAAUGUGUGCAAGGCGAUCAUUGACUGAUAAAAUUUCUGAGUCAUCGGAGUGUCUUCAUAGUCAACGAACAAGUUGUCAUCCAGAACGUAAUCAAUGUCCCAGAGCUAGAAAAAUCACAGAGUCUGCAUCAAUUGAUCGAUCCAUAAGUUCAGAUCGAAAAAUUUUUGAAAAAAAUGAUGAAGAUAUGAUGGCGAAAAAUGUGAAACUACCAAGAUCACCUUCACAGCCGGUGAUUCUUCAUUCUUGUCCCCCACCGCCAAAACUUCAACCUGGUUUUUGUCCUUGUGCUGAUGUAUUCAUGACAACGAGAAAUGAAACGAAGUUGAUCGUACCUUCUCAGUCAUGUCCUUUGCAAGUGAAAUAUUCGUGUCCAGAGUCUCGUAUCUAUUACUGUCCAUCAAAAUUUUGGAGAUCAAAGUGUUAAAAAUAAAUUAAAUUCAUAUUCGAUCGUUUAAUUUUUGAUUCGUUAUUCUCAUUUAUCCAUUUGAACUAAACAAAUAAAAAAAACUGAUACAUUUAAUGAUUGUAAAUCACUGCUAACCCGUUAAGCUUUUUGAGUCAAAGAAGUAAAAUGAACGUCGAGAUGAUAGUAGUUUUAUUCUUAUAGUCUUUCUUU